GAUGUCAGCGGUCACAUGGGCCGGAAAAUGUGGGGCUUAAUUCCUGUGUUUGACUGCUCUCAGCUGCUGCUCCUUUGCCCUUCGCACUGCAAACCCGCCGUCCGCCCCAUCCCGACCUCCAACUCCCCGGUGGACUCUCCUCGGCGCACCAUGUCGGCAGACCAAGCUUUUGUGACUUUAGCCACAAAUGACAACUACGCCAAGGGAGCAAUGGUUCUUGGCCAGUCGUUACGGAACCACAGCACAACCCGGAAACUGGUGGCACUCAUUGGACCUCAUGUUGCUGAGCCUUGCAGGGAUGCGCUGCACUCAGUUUUUGACGAGGUGGUCAUGGUGGACGUCAUGGAUUCGUGCGACGCAGCUAAUCUGGCUCUGAUGAAGCGGCCGGACUUGGGCGUAACGAUCACCAAACUGCACUGCUGGACCCUCUUGCAGUACAGCAAAUGUGUGUUCAUGGAUGCCGACACACUGGUGCUGUCCAACAUAGAUGAACUUUUCGAGAGGGAAGAGUUGUCUGCAGCUCCGGAUCCUGGUUGGCCAGACUGUUUCAACUCCGGCGUUUUUGUCUUCAGGCCGUCCAAAGAGACGCAUGAAGAGCUGCUUAAGUUCUGCACUGAAAAAGGCAGCUUUGAUGGUGGAGAUCAGGGGGUUCUCAACAGUUACUUUAACACCUGGGCGACGGCGGACAUUUCCAAACACCUCCCGUUUAUCUACAACCUCAGCAGCAUCGCCAUCUACUCCUACCUGCCCGCUUUCAAACAGUACGGCCACGACGCGAAGGUGGUGCACUUUCUGGGCAAAGUGAAGCCGUGGAACUACUCCUACGAUGCCCAGAGAGGCGAGGUCAAAGGUCACUCUGCCUCCCCUGACCCGUGCCAGAUGCACCCGAACUAUUUGCUCCAGUGGUGGCAGCUGUACGCCGCCUCCGUCCUGCCGUUGCUGCAGAAGGCGUACGGCGACGCCCCGUUCAGCAGCGGCUUCGUGAACCAGAGCAGUCCUGUACGUGCCAGUGUGAAUGAGAAACAGAACGGUGUCAGGGCGAGCGUCACGAAGACGCGAGGGAGCAGCCCAGGUUUCCUCCCCCUCCCUCCCUGAGGCUUUCGUCAGCGGAGAGGAAGCAGCGCUGGGAAGCGGGCCAGAUCGACUACUUGGGCGACGAUUCCUUCACAAACAUCGAACAAAAACUCAACUCUUUCCUCAAGUAGCGCGCGUCUGAGGGAGUGUGACGGACACCGGUUCGAGCUCUGGGAUUAAGGGGGUGGGGGGGGGGAAGGUGCAGCACCGCUCAGCCAAACAUGGGGGGUUGUGGCUUUUAUUCUUCUGUCUUGGUAGGAUUUGUUUGGCAGAUCUUCCAUGCACUCCAAUAUAAAACUUAGUUGUUUUUCCCCCCCCCUUUAAACAGUUUGACAUGAUUUGGGGAGCAUAAUCUUACUAAAAUUUAGAUAUUUAGAGUGAAGUAGUUGCCAGCAUCCAGUGUAGAAUGAAGACUAGAAACGAUUAAUCAUGUUAAAUCUAAGCACUGUGAAUGUUAGAAUAAUUUAAAUGUGCAUCAUGGGUAAAACAAGAGGCUAAAUUCACCCCUCAAAUGUUGUAAAAUUUACUGAAUUUCUUUUUUUCAAAUUCACUUUUGCCAAUUGUUGGGUCGUGCUGCGGUUCAGGAAAACGGCCUUUCAGGCUCAACCCGAAGGCAUCAAAGAGCAGGUAGACAAACAUCUCGGAAAGGGACACCUGCUGCACCUGAAGCAUAAAAUCUUUCUGCAAAUCUGUUCAUUGCCAAAACGUUUUGUCCUCUUUGGUGGUUAGAGUAUAUUUCUCAUUUCAAAACUUCUGUUGGAUUAUUUUGUUUUGCUCCUUUUGUUGGUCUAAAUUGUUGGGUUCUCUGCUUUGUGCAGCUGUUUUCUUGGAUGCACUGUUCCUCCUCCUCCUUUUAUGAGAAUUAUCCACAAAUCUCUGCCACAAGAGUGCAAAAUUGAGCAUUUUGCUCAAUAAAAAUGCAUUCACCCCCACAGCUCCUUACUAUACUUGCAAUAAGUCUCUGCCUAGACUACAAAGCACAUAUGCAACAGGCUCGUUCCCUUCUUACCUUAGCCAUGACUUUGACACAACAGUGUUCACCUCAGGAGUGCGUAGAGCAGCAGCGUCUCUGUCUGUGCCUCUGACACUCAUCAGCUCCCUGUAACUUCACCUGGUGUAGUGUUGGCUUGUAUUUGCAUGGCACAGAGCUGAUAAGCGUCUCUGUGAUUUUAGAAAGUGCUUCCACCCAGGACUAAAGGUGAUUUAAAGGUUUAUAUGUAUGUUUCUGUGCGCUCCUCUAGUGCUCCGCAUGUCCGUCUCCAUUGGAAUCGUUUUGGUGUUCGUGGCCGUGCCCCGGCGUUUCAUCACUUCCUGUCUGUAGUGUGACCAGCUGCCUUAUUGCCUGCUCACCGUUUACGAAACCUCUCUGACUGUAACUGCUGCUAGUGACACAUUUCUGUGAAUCCCUCUUCCUGCCCCUCCCUUUGCUGUCGACAGCCACUUUACUUCUACCUGCCUGCUGGUCAAAGUGUAUCCUGAUGAUUCACUCCUCCGUCCAUUGCACACACUCCCAAAAGGAAACGUGUUAGAGGCGAUAGUAAGUCUGAAAGCAGCUGGAUGAUUGUUGUUGUGACAUCUUUUGAUGCAGCUGUUAACUGUUCACCUUUAAAAAUAAACAAACCUGUGGAAAAAAA